AUGUGGAGAACAAGUUCAGUUUUACAAGAAUAACAGCUUCAGAAUAGUGCCAUUUGGCAUCAACAACUUAAACCCUCUCUGGAUGUUGCAAAGAGGAGUAAAUCACUAGCCUUCAGUUUGGCUUUCAAGUGUUGCACAAACAUCUGAAGUUGGUUGUUCUGUUAAUAAACUAGAGGAAGAUGCAGUUUGUUGCUUUAUGUAAACUAACUGAAGACAAUGUACUAUUACAAUUAUCAGUACAGUGAGGUGCAGAAAAAGUUUGGUGAUGGGCUUUUGACCUUAAAACUCGUCUCCAGUGGUAACUGAUCUGGAAGAGUCAUGAGUCACCAACUGACAAAUGUAAAAGCACUCUUAAAGAAGUCAAACAACACGUUUUCACUGGAAACAGAGCCAGUUACCUGUCACAACAACUCAGUUUUGAUGUUAAAACAAGGAAAAAUUGAUAACUCAACUGAUGCUUCACAUGGUGGUUCCUAUGUUGGCAUUGAACAAAUGGGAUUCCUGUGGAGCAUGACACAGGCUCCUGGUCAGAGAAAAGGACUGAGACUUGCAAAGAAAGAUGUCACAAAACCUUACUCAAUUCAACUGAACUGCUUUGAUGGACAUCUGUCUCCAAAGGAUGGAUUUGUGAAUUGUUUAGCAAGAAACAGUUUGCAGCCAAUUGUGAGCUCAGUAUUAGAGAAGUGGUACAUGGCUGAAGGAGUAAAGAGAAUUCCUGUAAGAGAAGGGAGGAUACGUGGAACUUUGUUCCUACCUCCAGGAAGUGGAACAUUCCCAGGAGUCAUUGAUAUGUUUGGAACAGCAGGAGGCUUGAUAGAAUUCAAAGCCUCCCUUCUGGCAUCACAUGGGUUUGCCGUCCUCUCGCUGGCAUAUUUUGCAUAUGAUGACCUACCAAAGUAUCUUCCAUUCUGUGAGCUGGAAUACUUUGAGGAAGCAGCUGACUGGCUUGUGAAACAUCCUGCUGUUGUACAACAAGGAAUUGGUGUCAUGGGUGUGUCAAAAGGAGCAGAAAUAACUUUAAUGAUGGCUGCAAACAGAACAGAUAUUGUGAAAGCAAUUGUGCCAAUUUCUACUUCUUUAGUAAUCUCAGCCUCGGCAUUUAAGGUCAGGGGUCAGUUAUCAGGGACGUACUAUGAUAGCUCGAAAGCUACUAUGACCUCAGAUGGGGCAUUAAUCUUGCGAGACUGCAUCCCAGUUGAUGAUUUUAACCAAUUUGAACCUUCCUGCGUGAUCCCAGUGGAGAAAAUUGAUUGUCCCAUGUUGAUCAUUUGUGGAGAAGAUGAUCUAGAUUUGGCAGCAGUUGAAAUGGCACAAGAAAUUUGUACGCGGAUGAAUUCCUGCAGCAAGGGUGAUUUGUGUUCUGUGUUGAGUUAUCCGGGCACAGGUCACCUAAUUGAACCUCCAUAUGCACCACAUUGUUUUGCAUCCUACCACAAGGGUCUUAAGGCAAACUUUGUGUGGGGAGGAAAUACACAUGACCAUGCAAAAGCUCAAGAGAACUCUUGGCAGAAAAUAAGGGAGUUUUUCAUGAAGAAUCUUGGGCAGAGCUGUAAAAGUCAUCUUUAAAAAUGUUUGAGGAAUGAAUGAUUAGGAAUAAAUUACAACUGGUGUUCAUCAUAGAAUUUCACGAAUAGGACAGACCCCUUCAUGAAACAUACACAUAGCAUGGGAAGGCAGCAUUUUUAACCUGUAUAUUUUGUUGUUGUAUUUGCUGUUCUCAUACUGCAAGAAAUUUGAUAAUUUAAUAUUGUAAUUUAGAUGAUAGCUAAGAAAUCUAGUAAAUUUUGUAAAUUUAGUAGCAGAGUUAUUGUUCUCCUUAACCUUUUUUAAUUUGUACCUUCUCUUUGCAGCUGAGGUUGUGCUUUUGUUGUUUUCUUUUUUACUGUUAUUGGUAUUAAGUAAAAAAAUACACAGAAAUACUUAGAAUCAGAACAAUAAAAAAUAACACAAGUUUGCUUAAGACCUGCUUUAAAGGAGGGUGAAAAGAGUAUGUAUAUCCACCAACUGUGGUAAUUUAAUACUUAAUCUUGGACCCAUAUUAUCAUAAUUUUGAAUUUAGGCGAAAAGUUUUCAGUCUCUGCAAUCCUUUGUGAUUUUAAUACCCGCAAAUCUGUUAAAUUUUAUUUCAUGCAUAUUCCCAAUCCAUGGUGUUCAAGGCAAAUCCACUUAUCUGCACACUUAGUCAGCCCUCUUAAAGGGAAGAAGUUGAAUCAUAAUUUUGCUUGGUCAAGUAACUACUAAUGACACUGCUAAUUGAAAAUGUAGUUUUUAAAGAAAGGAAGAGAAAGACAAAUAAAAAGAUAUAACAUUCUGA